AUGCCAUCAUUAUGUCCAGAGGUGGACGAAAGCGGGAUGUUGAUCAUGCUGAUGUUAUGUGACAGUCCACUGAGUGGAAAGUCAAGUAUAGCCAACUUUAUCUCAGAUUCAAUCAAUGUCGAAGAAGUCGAAACUCCUCGACCCACCCAAGGAGUCAGGAUAGUAGAAUUUGAACUUCCCAAUCUGAACGUAAAUGGGAAAUCUACAAGUACGGAUAUAGAACUUUGGGAUUGCAGCGGUGAUCAUAGAUUUGAAUCCUGCUGGCCGGCACUGAGACUGGGAGUUCAGGGAGUCAUCCUGGUGUGUGCCCCUAACACUGCGCAAAUAGCAGCAAGAGAAAUGGAACUUUUAUACAACUACUUCGUCUCACAACCCAAGCUAUCUGCCAAACAGUGCGUUUUGUUUUACAACUGCACUGAAGAUCAAGAAGAUAUGGAUUCUUUAAAUCUUUCGCCUACUUUUUCUAAGGUUUCCCAAGUAGCUAUUAACUUAAAAACUGGAGGCAGCCGUUUAAAAAUAGAUUUUGCCAGCUUCAUUACCUCAGUUCUACAAAUGAUAAAUAAAGACAAUUCUUAACUCAUCGUCGACU